CGAGAUCCAGCGCGAAACAGACAGCGUGACGUCAUUUCUAGGAUGAAAUCAACAAUUUCAUUGCUGAAUUGGAAUACUGCAAAAUAAGAGCAUGUACUAUGGCUGACAACACAGGUGAAGAACCCAAAGUGAUCAAGGAAGGAUGGCUUUAUAAAAGAGGAGAACACAUCAAGAAUUGGCGACCUAGGUAUUUUAUUCUAAGGGAGGAUGGCUCAUUUUUGGGAUUCAAGCAGAAGCCUGACCAUAAUCUAGCUGAUCCACUUAACAAUUUCACAGUCAAAGAAUGCCAGUUAUACAGGUCAGAAAAGCCCAAACCAAAUACUAUCCUCAUACGUGGACUGCAGUGGACCACAGUGGUGGAGCGUAUGUUCUAUGUGGAAACUGCUGAGGAAAGGGAAGAAUGGGUCCAUGCCAUUCAGUCAGUGUCUGCAGGACUUAAGACUAGUGAAAACCCAGGCUCUUCACAGCUGCAUACCAAGAAACCUCAAAAGAAAGUGGGCCUUGAAGACUUUGAGUUCUUGAAGGUGCUGGGAAAAGGAACAUUUGGUAAAGUCAUUUUGUGCAGAGAGCGUGCCACAAACAACCUGUUUGCAAUCAAGAUACUGAAGAAAUCUGUUAUAAUUGCAAAGGAUGAAGUAGCUCACACUUUAACUGAGAAUCGAGUUUUACAGACCACAAGACAUCCAUUUCUCACUCAACUAAAAUAUUCAUUCCAAACCCAAGACAGGCUGUGUUUUGUAAUGGAAUAUGUGAAUGGUGGAGAGCUGUUUUUUCACCUGUCCAGAGAGAGGGUUUUCUCAGAGGAAAGAACUAGAUUUUAUGGUGCAGAAAUUAUAUCUGCACUGGGAUAUUUACAUGAGAAUGACAUAGUAUACAGAGAUCUAAAGUUAGAGAACCUAUUGUUGGACAAGGAUGGACACAUUAAGAUUGCAGACUUUGGGUUGUGCAAGGAAGAGAUGUCAUUUGGAGCCAGCACAAAGACAUUUUGUGGGACCCCAGAAUAUUUGGCACCAGAGGUGUUAGAGGACAAUGAUUACGGUCGUGCAGUGGAUUGGUGGGGUACAGGUGUGGUGAUGUACGAGAUGAUGUGUGGAAGACUGCCCUUCUACCAUCGUGACCAUGAAGCACUAUUUGAACAGAUCUUAAUGGAUGACAUUCGCUUUCCAAAAACUUUAUCACCAGAAGCCAGAUCAUUGCUUGGAGGAUUUUUAGUUAAAGAUCCAGCAAGAAGAUUAGGGGGGAGUGAGGAUGACAUUAAAGAGAUCAUGGUACAUCCAUUUUUCAAGGACAUCCCGUGGGAGGAUCUUGUCAACAAAAAGGUGGAGCCUCCAUUCAAACCCCAGGUGACCUCCGAGACAGACACACGUUACUUCGAACAGCAGUUUACAGGAGAGGAUGUCCAGCUUACGCCUCCAGAGCAAGGUGCUAUGGACGCCGAGAACAUGGAGGAGGAUCUGCCAUAUUUUGAACAAUUUAGCUUUCAUGGAAGUCAUGGUAGUUUAUUUGCCUCUUCUGGUCAUAGCUUAAUGAGCCUGGCCAGGUCAUGAAUAUUCAGUAGGGUCAUGAAUAUUUUAAGUAGGGUUAUGAACUCUGGUUGAUUAUUGACUGAACUAAUGGCAUUUCUAUCCUGAAAUGGAUGGAAUACAAUUUUAUUAUUACUAUUAUUAUUAUAGUGUCCAAUAUGUUGUAGACCAAUUAAGUGUUAUGUGACAAGCUUGGCAUACAUUGCUGUAAAAGUUUACCAUAAUUUCUCUUCUGAAUCUAGUAACAAUAUAUUUGAAUUGAAGAAGGAUAUGUUGUCACUGUCAAUAUCCUAAAUAAAUGGAGAAAGAUGACCAAAUUUUAGUUGUUGUCGGUAUCACAAAGUUAGGUGUAAUGUUUUGUAUCAGAUGAAAUCUGGAGUCUCAGACUACACUAGGGUGAAGAAUGAUACCACAACAGUCGCACACACUUGUGCCUUGCUAUUGUUGAAUCUGUUUAAGAAAAAAGUGAAGAUGUAUCUUACCAUUUUUACUUCUCUAAGUGUGUAUUAUUAUAGGUAUAAAUAUUAUUACUGUAUCCACUACCAUCAUGCUAUCAGAAUUGUAAAUUUAUCUCAAAACAUUAACUGUUGUAAACAAUACUGAAAGAGUUAACUGUAACACAAGUUCUGGUGUUUCAGAUCCUCCCCCUUCCACAAAAUUAGUAUUGUAGCCAAACGUUGAUCUUAACGUGUGGCCAUUUCCUGUGAACCAGGACGAAAUUAAUGUAAAAGUAAGUGACUGAUGUGAAGUGUUAUUACAUUUUAGUUACAUUUUAACAAUUUGUUAGGCAGGCUAAGUUGCUGCUUUAGUGGACUAGUGCCAAAUUAUCUGUGGUCAGAAUAAACAGUCUCUUAAAAGUUAAGACCAAAAUUGAAAGCUCAUUUGUGAAACGGGGCCUGGCACAUUGAACAUGUCGUGUUUUGAUAAAAA